AAUCAAAACGACGACAACACCUCGCUUCUCAACAAUCGAAUCAUGUUCUCAGCCAAGAGUUCCGUAGUUGUGGCCGUGGUCCUCGUCCAGCUGGUGGCUCUUAUCCAGGGAGGAGUCUACAGCCAUGAGGACAAGUGGGUGUACCUGGACAAGACCAUGGAUCUACCGCACGAAGCGAUUUUCGGUGGCUUCGAUCCCGAUGGUUACUACACCUACGUGGGUCGUGUCACAUACAGCAGUAAUAUUCUGCCAGCACGAGUGGUUCCGGAACUGGGAAAGGCCACCUACAACACAGACACCUUGGGCAACCAAGCCUCCACCUACGAGGUUCUGGUGUCCAACGCCACAGUCAGCUACCACUGGAUCCGCAGUUUCGAUGGAUUCCGGGAGAAGAACGCUGUAUCUGUGGGAACCAACGCCGCCAACGACCGCGUCUUCAUCUGCCGUGUUCGCUGUGAUGGAUCGGUCUUUAUUGGAACUCUGUACCUUGCCAGCCGGAUGUGCAUCGUCAAGUACGAGAACUUCCCGCUCCGGCAGUACUCCAAGUACGAGAUCCUCGUCCGCAAACGUCAUGUAGCUGCCUUCUCCCCAUUUGUUGAUGGUUAUAUUGAACAUUAAAUGUUGAACAACUUAAUAAAUAUUUAUUAGAGUAA